AUGCCUGUGAGAGGGUUGGGCGACUUGGUGGCCCCUAGGGUCAAAGUGAGCGAAGUUCAACCCAAGAGACGGCAACAGGAGGUCGGUGGGAGUACGCCCAACAUGCCUCCCAAGUCUUCUUCUCAACUCUGCACGUUCCCACGCCGUCCUGCAAUCCUCCUGGGCUCCCAGACAUCCAAAAAGCUUGGCUUGGGAGGCAAUGAAGCCCCUUCUGACGAGAGUGGGAUUCGAACCCACGUCCGAAGACUGCGGAUUGACAUUCUCUUCAAGAGAUCGAGAAGAGGAGUGGAACAACCUUAA